AUGCCUGGACCUUUACCUCCUCACCAUGUCUCCCUCUCCUCCUCCCCCUCCUCCCUCUACUCCUCCCCCGCGGAGACUCCUCUGUCGGACUUUAUCCCUCUGUCUCCUCCCGAUCACACAACAAAGUCCCAGCGCGCAAAGAACUUGGCGGUGUCUGUGCGCGUCCGUGAGAGCAGAAGGUGCGGGAAGAGAAGUUGGUGGGUUCCUGGACGUGGCCCCUGCGUUCCUCAAGGGAGGGAUUAUUGCGUAUUGAAAGAUGAAGAUUGUCCCGUUUGGUCGCCUUCAGUGGGACGAUGGACGAAGGCAGAGGGGAGUGGGACAUUAGCCUGGUCUACAUGGGACCCUGACACGUGGGGCCUACGGCAGUCGGUACGAUACAAAGGAAAAGAGACUGAGAUGAACGAGCAGCGGUCGCCCCGAGGCCCGGAGCUGUGGGGGAUCCAUACUGCACACUCAGCACAGAAGCUGUUCUGA